AAUAAGGCUGGUAUAGGGCUAUGACUGGAAGACGAGCACUUCAGACGGCGGCUUCUUCUCUCCUUUGCAGCGUCGUCUUGCUUUUGCUCACUCGCUACUCGGAUGCUAUUCAAAACUGCUCGGAGACAGUAAGAGUCGAUCAAUCGGGCCCGGACGACGGCGGUAACUUUCCCGAUCUACAGGACGCUUUGCUGAGUCUGUCACGGCGAGAAACUGCCUCUAACGACUGCAUAAGUGUACUGGUUGCUGAAGGAGAAUACGUCAUAACUGACUUCAUCAACAUCAGCCAAAAUCUGAGUCUGCAGGGAGAAAGCAACGUCACUGUCCGUUUCAACUUUACUGGAAAGUUUGAUCCAAGAACAACCACCCGGCCACACUACGUUCUGUCAUUUUCCAAUGCUAACUACGUGGGACUGAGCGGACUGGACUUUAUCGACAGUCCUGGCAUUAUCACCAUCUUCAAUGUCACCUCUGCAAUAGUUGAGAAUUGCUCGUUCAGGUACUUUUUCCAAGGUGCCUUGGAUCUGUACAACUGUGACUUUAUUCAAGUCACGGGGAGUGUCUUUGAGCACAACGGCCCUACGUCGAUAAUCAAAGAGGACCAAUACAGAGGUCAUGCUGGUGGUCUCUCAAUCGGUUACCACCUAACUCCAACACCUCCCGUGGCCGUCGUUUCCGGAUGUCUGUUUCGCAACAACACCAGCGACCCGUCUUCGGAUCUGGUGCAGACCACUUCCGACCUUGUACGGUCUUCUCAGUUCACAGGUCGAGGUGGUGGGUGCGCGUUCCCCGUUAACCCUCUCUACUCUCUAAACGCCACAGUCAAAGACUGCACAUUCGAAGACAACUUUGCAAACUCCUUUGGUGGGGGUCUAUACGUGGCAUUCAACGGGAAAGAGCACAACACUGUCAUUCUUCGGAGGGUGGUGUUUCUGAGAAAUCGCGCACCGACUGCCGGUGCUCUAGAAGUGGGGUUCGUUAGUGGAGGCAAUCCGGAGGCUCGAGAUGGAUUGCUGGCUUACGACUCAGUCUUCAUUGAAAACCAGGCAACGUUUGGAGGAGGCGUCUACUUCUUUACUUUAGGUCCUAGUGUGGACUCUGAGGGAAGGUUGGGCAACUUUGCCAGCUUCGAGAACUGCACGUUCAUCAGAAACAGAGCCGAGGAGGUCGGCGCUGCUAUUGGAGUCUCCACACUGCUCUACUUCAGGGACCUCUCCAACGUAACUCCUUUCCAGAUCACCAGCUGUACGUUCUCAUUGAAUGAUGCUGGAGGAGGAGGGGCACUGUCUUCGGCCUACUUUCCUCUGGCUUUCAGCGGAAACACAGUGUUUGAAGAAAAUAGGGGGAGAACCCUAGUGGUGGUGGCGUCAAGGGUUAAUGUGAAUGGGUCGAUAGAGUUUGUGGAGAACAAUGGAGCGGGGAUAGAUGGAGGUGCCCUGUACCUCACGUCGCUCAGUCAAGUUGUCCUCUCUCCUGGAGCCAACCUGACCUUUGAAGGAAACAUGGGCGUGCUAGGUGCGGCUGUUGUGGGAGAUACACUGUUUGUGCCGUCGGUGGUGUCCCAGUUACCCUACAACCCUCUCUGCAUGUUCCGCUACAUUGAUUCACUGCUGCCUCCCAACGAAUGGGAAAAUGUGUCCAUAAGUUUUGCAGGAAACCAAGCUCUCACAUCUUCGGCCGUACUUGUGAUAAACCUUGACCUCUGCUCAUUUGUAAGGCGGGGCUUUCCAUGGUUCAAUGCCAGUCAGACAUUUCGAUGGGACUUUGUCAACUUCAGCAACGACAAUGAGAACUAUGCACACAAACCCGAUGAAUUCAAUCCAGAGUGGUACAUACAGACUCCGGCAGACAGGAUUACCGUGACAACAGUCAAUAAUACUGCGUACCCUGGAGAAGUGUUUGAACUUGGUCUUGAAGCGUUGGAUGAAAUCAACCAAAGAACUGCCGCCGUCAUCAGAAUAAGUGACAGUGACGACCAGGGAGAAUACGUCUUUGAUCCUGCAGUGAUUACGUUUGAUUCCAUUGCCCUGGGAGCUGUAAACACGUCGUUCUACAGACUGAGAGGAGUUUUGUUUACUGACAAUAACCUCACGGUCAACCUGCUUCUAGGAGAGUCCUCAGAGACUGGGACAUUCAGUAUGACAUCGUUGGAGUGUCCUCCAGGCUACAUCCUGGACCAGGCUCCACUGGAGUCUGCCUACGAGACUUGCUCAUGCAACUCCAACAACGACCUAAUCAUACAGUGCAAAGGCAGAAGCAUACUCAUUGAGACUGGAUAUUGGGGCACGCUGAGUACUACCAGUAAAGACAGACUGUUCCUGUACCCGUGCCCAAAUGGGUACUGUCGGUGUGCUAUGAGAGAUUCAGGGGGCGGGGACAUCGACUGCAUCAAUACAUUCAACACUACUGAUCCUGACAGCCAGUGCAGCUGUGACCGCAAAGGUGAACUUUGUGGGGAGUGUAGAGAUGGGAAAGGUGUAAGUGCAAUUCUCAACAGAUGCACUACUUGCAGCGACGUCUCGGGGCUCCUUAUCCUACUACUGAUGGUGGUAGACGUCGGAGUAUUCGUUUUCCUUUUGGUGGUCAUGAAACCAUUUCCAACAUGGAUUUAUCCAUUCGUGUUCUACCUACAGAUACUGCCUUAUCUUGCUGAAGACUUUCCAAUCACGUUUGAUAAAGUCCACCCUUAUCUCUACUACAUCAGCAGUGCUCUGAGUUUCUACUUCAUCUACGACUUCUGCCUGUACAGCGACAUGAGCCCACUAGUCUCUUACUUCCUCCGAUACCUACCUCUGAUCCUACUUUCCAUCACUGCAACUGUUGUACUAAGCAUCAGGCGCUAUCUGAAGAAACAUGCCCUCUCGUGGCACGGUCUCUGGUGGAUUGUUCUACUGAUGUACACUCACAUCCUUCACAGCUCAAUGUCGAUACUCAACUGCCCCGUUCUACCCGGAAGAGACGGCUCUGACGUACAUGUCCCAAGAUGGUAUAUUGAUGGGACUGUGAAAUGCUUCAACGGCCCUCACGCUCCCCUCGGGAUACUGGCUAUCGUAGUACUGGCGAUGUGUGUAGCAAUCCUACCACUCUCACUGGUUUACAUAACUGCAACGAUUCACCGUCCGUGGGUGUUUAGACGCUCGUUCGAGCCGCUGGUAAUUCCGUUCAAAGAGGAGUUAAGGUGGUGGUCGAGUGUGGAGCUUGGCAGACGAAUCAUAAUAGUUCUCUUCAUUGUCUCCUUCCCUCAAAACCAGUACCCUACAAUAUUUGUUCUGAUGAUCACAGCAGCGCUAUACGGAUUCAUCCAACCAUUCAAGGAUCUUGCCGUCAACAUCCUCGAGACCGCCCUCUCCAUAAACACACUGGUUCUCUUACUUCUCAGAAACACUGAUACAGUUGAGGAGAGUCUCGGGAGCCUUGGAGAGCAGUCUGCAGCUCACAGUCAAACUACUAACGUCUGUCAAGAUAGUGUGGACGGUGUGACUGACUUUGCCUGGCUACUCCUGCCACUAUAUUACCUUCCACUGGCCGUGUUCUGCAUCACAGGAGUUUUAGCUAUUGGAACUAGUGCCGUUUCGUGCUCCACAAAAAUCACAGUGGACUCGGCUGCGACGGAAGACUGCUCCGCUACGGACGGGAGACUCGCCAACAAGACCUGCAGCGAGCUCCAAGACGUUUUGCUGAGCCUUGAGAAAAACUCCACGCACCCCGAGAGCAGUAGCGAGUCCGGAGACUCGACAUCCUGUGUAGAAAUCCGGUUGCUUCCGGGGCACUACCUCCUUACUCGAAACUUCACCCUGGUCGGACUGAGUCUGAAGCUGGUGGCGGAAGACGAUGCGGGAAGCGUCCACGUCUCUUUCAAUCUGUCCGAGUCUUUCGAUCCGACGCAGACUCAUUCUGCACUGUACGUGUUGUCUCUGGCGGACAGUAGCCUGGUGGAGAUAGUAGGUAUUUCUUUCUGGAAUAGUCCAGGGAUCAUUACAGCUCAUAAUGUUGAGAUUGUCCUAGUGGAAAAUUGCUCAUUCAGGUACUUCUUUCAAGGUGCGGUUGAUCUCUAUAACUGUCACUUUGUAACCGUGCGAGAUUGCGUAUUUGAACACAAUGGCCCGGCAUCAAUUGUGAAGAAAGAACCAUUUAGAGGCCAUUCUGGUGGUCUCUCAUUGGGUUACUACAGAAUAGCAGUCAAUAGAGGCCCUACGGCUCUGGUGUCAAAUUGCACCUUUAGAAACAACACUAGCGAUCCAAAUUCUGCAGCAGUUCAGAGCACCUCGGAUCUCUUUCAACGCUUUGCCUUCACCGGAAGAGGCGGUGGCUGUGCUUUCACAAUCUCACCUUCGACGUCCCUGACAGCAACUGUGGAGAAUUCAACAGUUGAAGAUAAUUUUGCACGGUCGUUUGGCGGUGGGCUCUAUGUGGGGUUUGAUGGAAACCUGAACCACACUGUAACAGUCGACAGAGUUCGUCUCAUAAGAAACGAGUGUCCCGGAGCUGCCGGUGGAUUGGAGAUUGGUUUUGUCCAAGGGGCUGACCCGGAUUCAAUCAAUCGGAUAUUUGUCUUCAAUUCUGAAUUUAUAGAGAAUCGUGCUGGUUUCGGUGCAGGGACAUACUUCUUCUCGCCAGGUCCCACAGGGCCUGAUGGCAGGCUCAGUAACUUUGGCCACUUUCAUAACUGCACAUUCGUUGGGAAUGUGGCAAGGGAAUAUGGAGCAGCCAUGGGUGCCAUCACUCUGCUAUACUUUCAGGACAUGGUGGACCUUCUUCCAUUAGAAAUAGAUAGCUGUACGUUCAUUGGUAAUGAUGAUGGAGGCGGAGGUGGUGUACUGAGCACAACAUACCUUCCUCUGAGGUUUACUGGCAACUCGAGGUUCUUACAGAACAGAGGCAGGACUCUAGUGGUGAUAGGAGCUCAUGUUGAGAUUCGAGGUGGUAUGCAUUUCUCUGACAACGACGGAGGCGGUAUUGAUGGAGGUGCUGUGUAUGUCACUUCCCUGGGUCAGUUGGAACUGUUCAGAGGAGCUAACAUCACUUUCACCGGAAACACUGGAAUAAUAGGGGCUGCAAUGAUACUGGAUAUUCUCUCAGUGCCUCCGGUCUACUCUCGCCUACUAAACAAUCCCCUCUGCACUCUGCUGUAUGAGGAGAUUACUCGCAGCCCCGACGACUGGGAAGAUGUCUUUCUGGGUUUUUUCGACAACUCUGCCAUCGUAGCGUCCAGUGUCUACCUCAACAACCUGGAUCUCUGCUCUUGGGUGAGGGAGAGGACACCCUGGUUUGAGCCCGGCAGAGUAUUCCGCUGGAGUUUUGUGGAGUUCAGUGAGACAAACAGAAAUACUGCUCACGGGGCAGAGGCCUACAAUCAAGAAUGGUCCGUGCAAACGUCGGCAGUGGAUGUAGAGAUCACAUCAAACGAUACUGCUGCCUAUCCCGGAGAGCUGUUUUCCCUGGGUAUCAAGGCACUGGAUGAGAUUGGAAGGCCAACCUCUGACAUUGUCAGAAUUAUUGACUUUUCAAACAAAAUUGCUGGAGAAACGUACCUAUUCGAGCCGUCUGCCAUUACUUUAAGUGACAUAACCCUAUCAGCAAUCAACACAUCUUAUCUCACUCCUACUAGCAACAUAGGCUCCAGUCGAGAAAUACAAGUAGAAACUCUGUUGGGAAGUACAACGUUUGCUGAAGCUAAGCUGCAGCCAAGAAGCUGUCCACCAGGAUACGUGUUGAGCGGGUCUUUGCAAGACUCAUACAAGACCUGUCAGUGCAAUACCGGCAACCCCAAUAUCAUAGAGUGCAAGGGAUUCAAAUCCUUCUCAGCGGAAGGAAAUUCUCUUCAAUGCCGAGCAGUGUACGACAGUCUGGAGCCGGACACUCAAUGCAUCUGCGAAAGAAGAGGAUAUUUGUGUGGCGAGUGUCGAGAUGGAAAAGGGGUCAGUGCUUUGCUGAGCAGAUGCACUACUUGCAGCAAUGCCAGUGGACUUCUAAUAGUCCUGCUAUUGGUGUUGGACUUGGCUGUAUUCCUGGUGCUCCUAGUCAUAAUGAAACCCUUUCCAUCCUGGGCAUACCCUUGUGUCUUUUACAUACAGGUUCUCCCCUACUUAACUGAACAUUUUCCAACCACCUUUGAGCAAAUCCAUCCUGCACUCUACUACAUCAGCAGCGCUCUGAGUUUCUACUUCAUCUACGACUUCUGCCUGUACAGCAACAUGAGCCCACUGGUCUCUUACUUCCUCCGAUACCUACCUUUCUUUCUGGCCAUUGCGACUGUUACCUUCUGGAGUGCUCUGAUGAGCAAAUUCACCAAGAAGACAGUUGCGUGGCACGGUCUCUGGUGGAUUAUCCUACUAAUGUACUCUCAUGUACUGCACACCUCAAUGUCAAUACUCAACUGCCCUAUUCUACCUGAAACCGACAGCUCAGAUGCCUCAAGGUGGUAUGUAAGUGGAAACAUCAAGUGCUUUGGUAGUGAGCAUGCUGCUCUGGGACUUCUGGCAAUUGUCAUUCUCAGUCUGUCAGUGGCAGUUAUUCCUCUCUCUCUUUUCUACAACAUGGACUGGCUAAAGCGUCCGUGGAUUCUGAAACGUAUAUUUGAGCCACUGAUGGAGCCUUACAAAAAGGAGUACAAGUGGUGGGCAAGUGUUGAGCUGAGCAGACGAUUUUUUCUUAUCCUCUUCACUGUUUCUCUCCCAAGCAAUGAGUAUCUAGCUACUGUCGUACUAAUACUUAUACUGGGUUCCUACGGAUUUGCACAACCUUUUCGAUUGGAAGCAGCAAAUGUUCUCGAAGUUGUUCUCUCGAUCGACGCACUCAUUCUCCUUCUCUUACGUGAGACAACCACAGUCGAAGACGAAAUGGGAAUGCCGUCCGUCAUUGAGGCAUCACAGAUAAUCAGCAGCAAUAGUGAAGGGUGUACAGAUGCACUGGGAGACGUGACUGAUUUCGCAUGGCUGUUGUUUCCUUUCUACUACUUCAUUCUCAUAGUCACCAGUGCUGCAGCUAUCACAUGGAUCGUUUUAAUCAUACGCUCAAAGGUUUAUGGCAAGUGGUAUAGGAGUAAGAGGAAGUCAUUUGAGGUACCACAAGAUGCUCCCUCGUUCCAGAAGCCUGUAGUCACGUCUACCACAGAAGUUGUGAUGAGCAUGGAAAUGAGUACUGAAGAACACUACAGCAGCGUGACAUACUCGAACGUUGACCACAUUCGCUAACAGUGCAGCAGCAGUUUCACACACGUGAGAACAGAACUCCAACAAUCUCAUUGGUUUUAGUAUUUUUCACAUUAUUAUAGUCAUGAGGUGAUCUGAAUGAGUUUGAAUGAAGCUGUAGCUAUAAUAAUAUAUGUAGGC